AUGUGGAAGGCACCAUUUUCCAUGCUUUUGCAUGGUCAUGAUCUCUAUAGUUAUCUUGAUGGGUCGACACCUUCCCCAUCUCUCACUAUCAUAACUGGCAUAGUCACUAGUGCCAAUCCUGCCGGCUACAUCAGUAAAAACAGCUGGGAUGCACUGCAUGUCGCCUAUGCGAACAAGUCCCAAACUAGAAUUUUCAGUUUGCGUGAUCGACUUAUGCGUCUGACCAAAGAAUCCCAGCCAGUCACAAAAUAUUUGCAAGCUAUUCGAUCUAUUUCUGAUGAACUCUCUACUGCCGGUGCUCUAGUCUCCAACUCUGAACUUAUUGUCAAGAUCCUCAGUGGUUUGGGUUCAGAGUUUCAUAAAACCUUUGCUGCAAUCCGUGCUUGUGACUCCACUAUUACUUAUGAAGAACUCUACGAAAAGCUUCUGGAUCAUGAGCUUUUCCUUUGA